AUAUACUACGGGCCCAUGCAGCGCUCUUGCUACUUGUGGUGUCAGCUUCUCGCUGAGAUCCCCCGCUUGUGCCGGGAAACGUGCACGCAAGAGAGAAGCUGAUAACGACGCGAGAAGAUGAAGCUACUGAUCGUGUGCGCGGUGAUAGCCAUCGCGGCCGCCGCACCGGGUCUCCUCAGAGUACCGAAGGUGUACAACGUCGUGAUCACGAGCAAUCAGAAUCUGUCGCCGUCGCGGGCGUUCCCAGUGAUUCAGCCGGUCAUCCAUCGAACCGCCGUCGGCUAUGUGCCACCGUUCUAUUAUACACAGAUAGCUCCUCACUUUGCCGGAUCGCAAGUAACGCACUAUCCGCCGCUGGUCGCCGCCGGUGGUAAACCCUCGGGAAAGGAUCCAGUGCAGGCUUCACCGUCCACUUCCUCCUCGACGUCGCGUUUGGUCGAGUCGACGAGUUUCGGUAUCGGGAAGCAACACGAUCGCAGAAAAGAGGAGGAUACCACGAGGAAUGGCGAUUCCCCGAAGCACUCCCCGAAGAAGAACGGGCAAGUGCCGUUGAGCUUCUACCCCAGCUACCAUUCCUUUUACUACGAGCCGUACAACGUCUACACGUACAACGGCUUCAAUUCGCAUCUCGUACCACCCGGUACUUACUACAUCGAUUACCAGCCUUACGGCUCCCUGGAACCGAUCCCGGCGACCACGCCGAAGAACGCUGAUUCCGGUCACCUGCUGCCGAGCUUCCAUGACGAGAGGAGGGACCGCACGAAGAACGAGGAGGAGGAAAAAAUACCAGACGUACCACCGCCGCCUCUUCCGUCUUCCGUGCCGAAGAGGGCUUGAGCUAAUUGGCAGUACUCUGAACUGAAUGCGAUGCAUAGGCAGAGGGGAGAAAGACUUGGCGAAAUUUUUUUAAUGUUACGGAAUGCGAAUGCCAUGGUGCCAUGAUAAAGAGUAAAAUUCUGUUCGCUUUUUUCUUUUUUAUUCUUUUUUAGAAAAUUAUGAAAUCGUCGUUAUAACACGUGUUGGAGAGGAUGCGUCGGUGUAAUGGUUCGAUCGAGAUUUGCACUCAAUACUUUUACAUCUAAACACAUUGCAAUUGCUUGGAACAAUCUCCAAUCUGCAUGACAAUGUUCGACAAAGUUCGAAAAUUUUAUUCAAUUAGUAUUAUUACUAUAUAUUACAUACUAUAUAUAUAUAAUGUAUUAGUAGGAAGCUCUCUCUCGGAUUAUUUUUACAACUUGCGCAAGAGUUUCUUCGAGAGUUCUGCGUUCCUCGUGACGUAUUUUACGUAUGCGCUUCGAGAUUAUUAUCGCUUAUUGUCGUAUGAUAGCCUAAACAAGUUUUAAUUGAUGUUGUAAAACGUAUAUAUACUUAUGAGAUACACGCAAUUUUUUAUAUUAAAGAUUUUCCACAU